UGCAGGUGAGGAAAUGAGAAGUAUCUCACUGAAAUACUAAAACGUGUGUCUCACUGAAUUUGCCCUUUGGGGACUUCAGGAUGGAAGCCUUGUGUUUAAAAGUUUCCUUGCUGCUGCUGGUUCCAGGAUUUGUCCUCACUGACAGCUCUGAUAGAUAUGCUGCCAAUCGGAGUGACCUGGGAAUCCACCUUUCCACUUUCUCAGGGAUUGAAUCCAGUAUACUCCUCACCACCAGACAGCCCCUGGUGUCCAACCAAACUGUCAAAUGCUCCCAGCAGACUAAGAUUGCUGAAACUUUUAAAUACAUUAACACGGUGGUAUCUUGUGCUAUUUUCAUUGUUGGAAUGGUUGGGAAUGCAACUCUGCUGAGGAUCAUUUACCAGAACAAGUGUAUGAGGAAUGGCCCAAAUGCACUGAUAGCCAGCCUGGCUCUGGGAGACCUUAUCUAUAUUGUCAUUGAUAUUCCUAUCAUCGUGUACAAGCUCCUUGCUCAGAAGUGGCCUUUUGGAGAUUCUGAAUUUGGGCAGUUUCUUUGCAAAUUUCUUCCCUUUAUACAGAAGGCAUCGGUGGGAAUCACAGUCCUUAAUCUCUGUGCCCUUAGUGUGGACAGGUAUAGAGCAGUUGCCUCCUGGAGCCGUGUUCAGGGAAUUGGAAUCCCUAUGAUCACUGCUAUUGAAAUUUUCUCCAUUUGGCUUCUUUCUUUCAUUCUGGCUAUUCCAGAAGCAAUUGGUUUUGCUGUGGUACCUUUCAGAUACAAAGAUGAAGGUUAUGUUACCUGCAUGCUCAAUCCUACAAAUAAUUUUAUGUUGUUUUACAAAGAUGCAAAGGAUUGGUGGCUGUUUGGUUUCUAUUUCUGCAUGCCACUGGCAUGUACUGCCAUCUUCUAUACACUAAUGACUUGUGAAAUGUUAAACAGAAGAAACAGCAACUUGAGAAUCGCUCUCAGUGAACACCUUAAGCAGCGUCGAGAAGUUGCAAAGACAGUUUUCUGCUUAGUAGUUAUUUUUGCUCUUUGCUGGUUCCCUCUCCAUUUGAGCCGAAUUUUGAAGAAAAUGGUAUACAAUGAAAGAGACCCCGGCAGAUGUGAACUGCUCAGUUUCUUGCUGCCAUUGGAUUAUAUCAGCAUCAACCUGGCAACCAUGAACUCUUGUAUAAACCCAAUAGCUCUCUAUUUUGUGAGCAAGAAGUUUAAAAACUGUUUCCAGUCAUGCCUUUGCUGUUGCUGCUCCCAAUCUAAGAGUCUAGUGACUUCAGUGCCCAUGAAUGGAACCAGCGUUCAGUGGAAAAAUCAAGAACUAAACAAUCACAAUACAGACCGAAGCAGCCAUAAAGACAGCAUAAACUGAAAAUUAAGGGCUCUGAUACUGCUUCGGAAUCAAACAGGAAAAGAAAAAAAAGUCACAACAAAGCUAUUUCAACAGGAAGCCCAGUGACUGUUCAAUAAUCAAUUCAGACAUGUGCACCCUUGUACUUAAAUCUGAAGGUGACUGAGUAGAUUGACUGACUAUAGGUGUGAUGUUCUGUGAACUGAGAUGCACUGGAUGGUAAUUCUGUCUCUGAAAAUGGUAUUGAUGUGAUUAUGACACCAAAAAACUGUCUUGGAACUGCACAGGUGGUUGCUUUUCUGAGUCAAGCAGGAACUGUCCAGUGUCU